AGGAGAAGCAGCUCCCAGGCAGAUCAGGUGGGGGGACAGCAGGGCUCUCUUGGGUGCAUGGGCAGGGAGCGUCUUCCUUCUCCUGAGACAUCGCACCUGGGGCUGACACCUCGCUGGGCCAAAGAGACAACGGCAGCUUCACCUGCAUCCUAGUCCACCUCCAAGAGUCAGUGAUGGGAAAACACAACAGUAAACUGGCCCCUGAGAUGCUGGACGACCUGGUGAGAAGCACAGAGUUCAGUGAGCAAGAGCUAAAGCAGUGGUACAAGGGCUUCCUGAAGGACUGUCCCACCGGUAUCCUCAACCUGGAUGAAUUCCAGCAGCUCUACAUCAAGUUUUUCCCCUAUGGAGAUGCUUCCAAGUUUGCCCAGCACGCCUUCCGCACAUUUGAUAAGAACGGCGAUGGGACGAUCGACUUUCGGGAGUUCAUCUGUGCCCUGUCCGUCACCUCCAGGGGAAGCUUUGAGCAGAAGCUGAACUGGGCCUUUGAGAUGUACGACUUAGAUGGAGACGGGAAGAUAACCCGCUUGGAGAUGCUAGAAAUAAUUGAGGCCAUUUACAAGAUGGUGGGGACGGUCAUCAUGAUGAGAAUGAACCAGGACGGGCUGACGCCCCAGCAGCGGGUUGACAAGAUCUUCACCAAGAUGGACAAGGACAAGGAUGACCAGAUCACCCUGGAGGAGUUCAAGGAAGCUGCCAAGAGCGACCCCUCUAUUGUCCUCCUCCUGCAGUGUGACAUGCAGAAAUAGUUUCCCCGCAGACUCCAGCUGGACUGCCCAAGGCCGCGUGCCCCAGCAUACCGGUUACUGCCCUCCCCACAACCUCCACCCAGCCCCUGCUUCCCAGAGCUGUGCACUCAGCUGCCUGGGGCGGAGUUCAUUCUGCUUGCAGCCUUCCACUUCCUAAACUCUACAUCCCACUCCCCGAGCCCCGCUGAAGGGACUGCCUGAGCCACGUGCCAUGUUAGAACCCCCCCCUCCCACCCCCCCCCCCAAAUCCCUGGAGUGUGUUCAACCCCACAGCCCAUCCCCUAUGGAUCCAUCCUGGGAUCACACUGCCAGGAGCGCAUCUGCUCCUCUUUCCCUGCCUAGCCCCCAAGUCCAGCUUAAGCCUCCUCCGUAUUUAAAUCCCCCCCCCCAGAGCCCUGAAGUGGCCUGUCCAAGGCAGUGUUCACCCCAUAACCAACAUCAAGCCUUCUGGCUCCCCCAAAAUGCUGCUUUCUCAUCCCUAGUUCCAAUUCCUAUAGCCCCAACUGGGCUGUUUGAAACCAGCUAAUUCCCCCCCAUUAAACCCGAUUCCUGGUGAUGCCCCAAACUAGGCUGUUGCAGUGCCCCUGGCUGCCAGUCACCCCGUCUCUUCCCUCCCCCUCACGACGUACCCCGUCUAUGGAGCCCCAAAUUGAACUAGCCAGAACUGGGCCCUGACGAUAGCUCCUGAGCUCAGAGCCUUGGGCCCCAAUCCUUAGCCUCACAAGAGAGUUGCUGUCCUGCAGUCUCGGCUUCUCCUUUCACUGCUGUCAGCAGCCAGCGUUGAUUGCAGGGCUCCCAUAGGUGAGGCACUUGAGGCAUUGUGAGAUGUUUAGAAAUAACGGAUUCUGCUGCCUCUUUCCACGUGGUCUAGCUGUGAAGUCCCAGAGUGCCGCGUUUUGUCUGGCGAACGAGGAACAUUGUGGAGCCAGCAGCUUUGGGGUUCAAAUGCGUUUUCAUGCACCUCUUUUCUCAUCUUGACAUUAAUCUAUAUUUAAGCUGCCCCCUCUGCUCCCCAGGCCAACCAGAAAUCAAGGCAACCCUUGAAUACAGGCGUUCUCAGUGGGCUAAGGAAGGAGCUAUUGAUGCUGUAUGCUCCCGUCAAAGGCAGCCCUGAAGUCCAACCAUUGCUCAUCUAAUUUCGAGAGUCCCUUUUCCUGUUGCCCUGGCAUGUUGGGGCUGGUCCCGUGUUCAAAUGGCUCUUGUCUGCCUGGGUCUGAGGGAGGCCAGAGCUGAGUAGAUGUCUCGCUGUUAACAUGAACACCCACUACGGACGUUAGUGCAGGUUCGUGGAAGCGAGUUCCUUGUGAUUUGGGUGGGGUGGGUUUGUGUCGUUAAUGGUAGGUGCAGGCUUUAGACCUCUGCUGUGGGUGGAAUACAGAGAUUCUGCCCAUUGGUGGCAUUGCUAGAGGUGGGUAUUUUCUGGCUUAAGCUCCUCGUGGCAGGAAGAGUCUAGGUCAGUCUAGUUUAGUUGGAAGAGACUGGCUUGAUUCCUGUUUUUUGAGUUCUGGGUGUCGUUUCUACCCCCAAGUGCAGCAGGGCAGAGGGACAACCCGCAGCACGGGACAGAGUGCCAUGCAUUGCUUGGCACUUAUGUGACCUUUGCAGCUGGGUGGCAGUAUUGACUCUCUGCAGCGGCAUCCCAUCUGGAGAGGGUAUAAAGUGAGGGGUGGGUUGAGGGGGAAGAUAGAAGGGACUGUCUGAAGCUGGGCGACAACAUCACGGGUGUGAUGGGGUGAGAUCUGAUGUGAGUCUGGGUCAGGGAUGUUCUCCGGGGAAAAAAUCUCAACAGGCAGAGGGAUGGCGGUGGAGGGUAGAGAGAGAGGGAUCGUGGCGGGUUGUGGGAGUGACAUGGGGGAGCAACAGAAUAGUUGGGAUCAGGUGGUGGUUGUGGUCUCCACAAGGACCUAUCCAGCCCGGGGGGUUGUUUUGCAGAGUAGGUUUGAGGGCCUGGGAGUGAUUUAAUAUGAGACAUUUUUAACUGCAUCUCCCCUCCCCAGCCUGCCACCUCUGCCCUUCUCCAACCCCGGGACAGUUGUUUGUUCACAGAUGUGUAUCUAGUCUGCUCAUUGUGGUUUUGAUUAUUGUAAUAACUGUUAGGAAGCCGUGGAGUUGUUUAUAUAUUUUUUUAACUGAAAAAUAAAAUGUGUCCCACAAGGGUU